CCGGAAGUGAGGGUGUGAGAGGCCUCUCUGGAAGUUGUCCCGGGUGUUCGCCGCUGGAGCCCGGGUCGAGAGGACGAGGUGCCGCUGCCUGGAGAAUCCACCGCUGCCGCCGGCUCCUGGAGCCCAGCCCUUUCCUAACCCAACCCAACCCAGCCCAGUCCCAGCCGCCAGCGCCUGUCCCUGCCGCGGAGCCCAGCGUUACCAUGCAUCCAGCCGUCUUCCUAUCCUUACCCGACCUCAGAUGCUCCCUUCUGCUCCUGGUAACUUGGGUUUUUACUCCUGUAACAACUGAAAUAACAAGUCUUGAUACAGAGAAUAUAGAUGAAAUUUUAAACAAUGCUGAUGUUGCUUUAGUAAAUUUUUAUGCUGACUGGUGUCGUUUCAGUCAGAUGUUGCAUCCAAUUUUUGAGGAAGCUUCUGAUGUCAUUAAGGAAGAAUUUCCAAAUGAAAAUCAAGUAGUGUUUGCCAGAGUUGAUUGUGAUCAGCACUCUGACAUAGCCCAGAGAUACAGGAUAAGCAAAUACCCAACCCUCAAAUUGUUUCGUAAUGGGAUGAUGAUGAAGAGAGAAUACAGGGGUCAGCGAUCAGUGAAAGCACUGGCAGAUUACAUCAGGCAACAAAAAAGUAACCCCAUUCAAGAAAUUCGGGACUUAACAGAAAUCACCACUCUUGAUCGCAGCAAAAGAAAUAUCAUUGGAUAUUUUGAGCAAAAGGACUCGGACAACUAUAGAGUUUUUGAACGAGUAGCGAAUAUUUUGCAUGAUGACUGUGCCUUUCUUUCUGCAUUUGGGGAUGUUUCAAAACCAGAAAGAUAUAGUGGAGACAACAUAAUCUACAAACCACCAGGGCAUUCUGCUCCGGAUAUGGUGUACUUGGGAGCUAUGACAAAUUUUGAUGUGACUUACAAUUGGAUUCAAGAUAAAUGUGUUCCUCUUGUCCGAGAAAUAACAUUUGAAAAUGGAGAGGAAUUGACAGAAGAAGGACUGCCUUUUCUCAUACUCUUUCACAUGAAAGAAGAUACAGAAAGUUUAGAAAUAUUCCAGAAUGAAGUAGCUCGGCAAUUAAUAAGUGAAAAAGGUACAAUAAACUUUUUACAUGCCGAUUGUGACAAAUUUAGACAUCCUCUUCUGCACAUACAGAAAACUCCAGCAGAUUGUCCUGUAAUCGCUAUUGACAGCUUUAGGCAUAUGUAUGUGUUUGGAGACUUCAAAGAUGUAUUAAUUCCUGGAAAACUCAAGCAAUUUGUAUUUGACUUACAUUCUGGAAAACUGCACAGAGAAUUCCAUCAUGGACCUGACCCAACCGAUAUAGCCCCAGGAGAGCAAGCCCAAGAUGUAGCAAGCAGUCCACCUGAGAGCUCCUUCCAGAAACUAGCACCCAGUGAAUAUAGGUAUACUCUAUUGAGGGAUCGAGAUGAGCUUUAAAAACUUGAAAAACAGUUUGUAAGCCUUUCAACAGCAGCAUCAACCUACGUGGUGGAAAUAGUAAACCUAUAUUUUCAUAAUUCUAUGUGUAUUUUUAUUUUGAAUAAACUGAAAGAAGUUUUGGGUUUUUAAUUUUUUUUCUCCCCGACUCAAAAUGCAUUGUCAUUUAAUAUAGCCUCAAAAAAAAAAAAAAAAAAAAAAAAAACAAAAACCUGCUAGGAUUUAAAAAUAAAAAUCAGAGGCCUAUCUCCACUUUAAAUCUGUCAUGUAAAGAAAGGUGACAUUGCCAGAAACUUACCAUUAACUUGCACUACUACGGUAGGGAGGACUUAGGGAUGUUUCCUGUGUCGUAUGUGCUUUUCUUUCUUUCAUAUGAUCAAUUCUGUUGGUAUUUUCAGUAUCUCAUUUCUCAAAGCUAAAGAGAUAUACAUUCUGGAUACUUGGGAGGGGAAUAAAUUAAAAUUUUCACACUG